CUUUUUGGACGGGAAUCCCCCAGAAAGACUCUGUAUGCCAAUUGUUGAUCAUAUUCAGUCCUUGAGUGGUGAAGUUCAUCUCAAUUCUCGCAUUCAAAAAAUUCAGCUGCAUGAUGAAGGGAAUGUAAAGAAUUUGUUAUUAAAUUAUGGGAAGGUGAUUGAAGGAGACGCUUAUGUGUUUGCAACUCCAGUUGAUAUCCUAAAGCUUCUUCUGCCUAACGACUGGAAAGAAAUUCCUUAUUUCAAGAAAUUGGAGAAACUGGUGGGAGUUCCGGUCAUAAAUGUUCACAUAUGGUUUGAUAGAAAACUGAAGAACACAUAUGAUCACCUACUUUUUAGCAGAAGUCCCCUUCUGGGUGUAUAUGCUGACAUGUCAGUAGCUUGUAAGGAAUAUUAUAGCCCAAACCAGCCUAUGCUGGAGUUGGUUUUUGCACCAGCUGAAGAAUGGAUUUCACGCAGUGAUGAAGAUAUUAUUGGGGCCACAAUGAAGGAACUUUCCAAACUCUUUCCGGAUGAAAUUUCUGCAGACCAAAGCAAAGCAAAGAUAGUCAAGUACCAUGUUGUUAAAACGCCAAGGUUUGAUUGA